AUUUCGACGUGGUCGUGCCGCUUGCUGUGUGGACCCCUUUGCAGCUGCGGGUGCCAGUGAGCGUCAUGCAGAGCAGCUCGUCUAAUUGUGAGUACACGUUUGAAGACCAGACCCUAAAGGUGACCUGCACCCAGGUCCAGGAGGCUUCGAGCUUCUUGCAGGACCGGGCGACGUGGUAUUGUGCGGCCUGGAAUUCGAGCAAGCUCAAAGAGUGCGUUGUCUCUCGGAAUUUCGCUCAAAACGUCCCGCACCACGCCGCAGGCUCAUCUGUGAUCGUGUCGGAGCUCACAUUCAAAGCGAAGUUGGGUGGGCAGUACCGCGACAUUGUCUGGCCCACAGGCCACCGAAUGUCGCCCGAGGUAUUCUCCGUAGUUCCUGACCUGUCCGAGUGGUACCAGAUGGACACCGACGUGGCAGCCUACGCGCAGAUCUGGUCCCGAAUACGUUUAUGCCAGGUGCACGCUGGGGCGUUGGCGGGCUCCACGUAUACGCAGCGGAUGCCGGCCCUGAAGCUUAAGUGGUACCCGGGGCAGGGGGGUCAUUUCUUCGAGUGCCAAUUGCAGCGACGUUCUGACGCAGACGAAGACAAGUGGAUCCAGCGGGAGGACAUGGUAAUCUUGCGGUGCAGCACCCAGAAGGGGGAGGCGGUCUUUUACGGUCUCGUGCAGGAGAGCACAGCCAAGACCACCCAAUUCAAGACGAAGAUGUGCGACACGACCCGUUGCACAGGCCAACAUUGCCCGUAUGCGCACAGCCAGGAGGAACUCCAGGGUUGUUGUUACACAGUCAAGGUGAAGCUUUCCAACAUAUCUCUUGCGGCAUACCUGGUUCAGAGAGGCCCAGGCCAGCUAUUGAGUUUUGCAGAUCCAGAUGAGUCUUACAAUGUUCAGUUUAUCAGCGUGCCCCUUGCUGAGAAGAAGAACCUGGAGAUGUUGAACAACAUGGGCAUAAAAGCAGCUAACUUGAAGACGACGUCGCCCAUGAACCGCUACCUGACCAGCGCACGUAGCCCAGAACAGGUACGCCAGCAGCAGGAAAUGCGUCCACUUGCAAGCACCAAGCAGGUGGAUGACGCGCUGGAUGGCCACUUUUGCAUCACGAGCGGGACUGGCGUGAACAAGGAGCAGCUUGAGGGGGUCAAGCGCGGCUUGCAGUGUGACUUCUCCAUGGUGCAGGGCCCCCCCGGUACUGGGAAGACCACCUUCUUGGUGCGCCUUGUUGUGGCCCUUCUCAACCUGGAGACCGACAGAAGCCGGGAGCCGAGCUGGGAGCAGGCCCGAAGCAAGCGCACGCCGGCGGGGCAGCAGAAAGAGCAAGAGCCGGGGCGAAUUUUGGUUUGCGCCCCGUCAAAUUUCGCCGCAGACGAGAUCGUGUCGCGGCUGGCCCGCAGCACCAACAUCCCGCCCCGUUUCAUCACGCGAGUGUACGCCCGCGCCAUUGAGAUGGCACACGGGAGCCGGUACAAAGGCGGUGCUUUGGUGCCCUUGGGCAAGCACUCGGACAUGAGGUUCGACAUCAGGUCAGAAUUGGAGGAAUUCGGUUUGCACCACAAGACCAAACACUCGGCCGACGUCAGGCCCCUGGAGGGCCGGCUGCCGCCGGACUCGAUCGACCCUGUCGCGCAGAAGCAGUACGACGAAGCGCACGAGCGCGGGGAGGUGGAAGUUUUGAGGAGGAGCAGGGUGGUUGUCACGACUUGUACCUCUGCUUUCCUUCACACGGCGCUCACGAAGGGGAAAGUGACGAAGAUGACUCGCACGGUGCCCUUCGCCACGGUCAUCGUGGACGAAGCUGCGCAAGCCAGCGAGCCCGACGUGGUGUUGCCGAGCCUUUUGGCGGAGGACCGCGUCGUGGUCGUUGGCGAUCACAAGCAGCUUGGCCCUGUAAUACCUGAGAAGAACAUGUGCAAAGCGUAUGUCAACGCGCUGGAAAUGCCAUUCAUUGAAAGGAUAUUGAAAGGAGGUGCCGAACGAGCACGCGCGAACACCUCCUUGAACCGCCAGUACAGAAUGGCUCCGACAAUCAGGUCUUUUCCCUCGAAGCAGUUCUACAGUGGCAUCUUGCAGGAUGAACUGCCUAGGGAGCCUCCGAGCUUGCCGCGAGGCGUGUGGCCCAAGGAAAAGGAGAACGUCGUCUUUAUAGACUGUCAGACCCCACAUACUUUCGGCCUGGUGGUGGAAGAUGGCCGGCGAAGCUCGAUGUCUCCAACGUUGGUCGAGGGUAAUACAUCCAUCAAGAACGACGGGGAGGUUUUGAUCCUUGUUGAGGUUGUCUGGAGGCUCCUGAACCAUAACAAAACUGACCCGUCACACAUUGGAAUCAUCACCCCGUACCGAGCUCAGCAGCAGCAGAUUCGCGAGAAGCUGCUUGAACGCAUUGGCUACCGGGCCAAGUCUAUAGCUGUUGGAACCGUGCAUGCGUUGCAAGGCUCUGAACGUGAUUUCAUCAUCCUCAGUUUUGUGCGCAGCACGUCUGAGGAGCUCGUGUCGCAAGCAGCGCUCCCGUCAGCAUCUGACACAGUUGUAUCGGUGGAGGAAAAGAACGUGGCGUUGCGGCAGAUCUGCGAGAGCAAUUUGGGUAUAGUGUCGAACCCGAAGCUGCUGAACGUAUCCCUCACGCGAGCCAGGCAUGGCCUGGCCUGCAUCGGCAACAAGGCUGUUCUGUCGAUGGGAUCGACUGAUUUUUUCGACCUGAUCGAGGACCUGUCUGAGCGCAAGUGCGUCUUGAGCCAGAAGCAGUUUAUGAACAGGCCGAGGCCGUAGUCUGUCCUGCGCAGAGAACCUGUGUGCUCAUCGCGGUGCUCCUGCUCCUGUCAGGCUUCGCUGGAGCGGUGAGCUCUGGCGCGGUGCACUCGGCAACUAGUGUUUUCGAUCGUAGGUCGCCGAUCGGCGAUGUUGCGCGCGGGAACAGUGUUCUACCUACUCGAUCCCACGCGCUGUUAGAUGCAGGCCGAGCGCCUGCACAUAGAUAUUAGGCUGGCGAUGUUGCCAUGCUGGCAUGUCCGUGCGUCUUCGUGUAUCUCUGCGCUCUUCUGUGUUCUAUGCUUUUCCCCACCCCACAGCCGACAGGUUGGGGGCGUCAUAUUUUAAGAACAGGCUUCCCGGCCGGCCCGCCCUGCACACCGCGGCCGCCAGAUCCCCAGGCUGCUGAUAAUCCUUGGUGGUCCCGCCCCACCCCGGCCCUGCAUACCGCGGCCGCGAGAUCCCCAGGCUCCCGAUCAUCCCUGGUGG